AUGGAGAGUCCUAACGUAAGUAUGUCAUUAUCCGACUUGAACGUAGCUCUCCCCAGGAUCUGCGAGGAAUGCGAGGCAUUCAUAACAGAUGAUGUUCUUCCUAAUAUUGUGCUCUAUUAUUUUAGCCCCGCGGGCUUCUUCGAAGAGAGAUACAGGGAUGUCGAUAUCCAAUGUACGCCGUGUAUGUUGGGCGGCCUCUGCGGCGUCCGCGACGUCCUUGCGGCGGUUUACGAUGCGCCCGCAGAGAUGUUUACCGCGGAGAUGUUCACCAAGCUAGUCGACGACCUCUUUGUUUACAGCGCAUUCAAUUACCCCGAGACGUGGCAUAGCCUCCCGCCUAUCGUCUGGAAAUGGAGACAGCGCAUCCAUAUCGAGGCUUUAUUUACCAAGAUCGAGCUGGUUCUAGGUAAGGAAUGGGCUAUUAAGUUCUUUCGGUACGCGGCGGACGUUGCGUUCCUUUCUGCGGACAGCGUUCUACUUAGCCUCUUUCACGCACCGUCAGGGGGUAGUAAUGUUGAGGCUUUGAGGCAAACCAUCAGGGACGUCCGCAAAUCUAUGAUUGACGCCAUUCAAGGCCCAGAGGGUUUAAAGUCAAUUUAUAGCUACAUAGAAGGGCUGUUUGUGUCAAACGGGUACGGGCGUAACUUAUUCGAAGCUGAGGUAACCGGGGGAAGUCCUCCUAGGGACGACAAUAUUGGUAAUGGUACGGCUUAG